GGGGUCGGAGAGGGCACAGUGCGAGGGGUUCCCAAAGUUCCGGACUGGGCGUUGGAAGAGGCUGCGGUGUCCCCGACGCUCCGGGCCUGGGGUAGGGAAGCGGAACGAGGGGAUCCCGAAAUUACGGACGCGGGGCUGGAAAGGUGGCAGGGAGUCCCCGAAAUUUAGGAGUCGGAGGUGGCGCGAGGGAUCCCCGAAGUUCGGGACCUGCGGUUGGAGGAGGCGGAGAAUGUGUCCCCAAAGUUCUGGACCCGGAGUUGGGGGGCGUCGCGUGGAUCUCGGAAGUUCCCGGGUCGAGGGUGGCACUUCCCGAAGUCGGGGCGCGUAUUGGGCGCCCCGCUUCUGACGCGGAUGGGAACUCCUUCCUUACUGAAUAUCAGGCCCCCCGGACUGGGGCGCAUGGGGUGGGGCUUCGCCCCCACACGCAACUGGGGAUCCUGGGCACCGGGCGGGGUCGGGGCCUCCUCCGCGAGCCCCGCGGGCCAGAGGCGUCCAAGGCACAUGACUAGUUGAGGCUGAGCCUGCAGCUCCUGCCGUCCCUCUGGCUGCCUCUUGGAGCCCACCCAGCCCAGCCUGACCAAUGUCCACAGCCAGGGAGCAGCCCAUCUUCAGCACACGGGCGCACGUGUUCCAGAUUGACCCGGCCACCAAGCGGAACUGGAUCCCCGCGGGCAAGCACGCACUCACCGUCUCCUACUUCUAUGAUGCCACCCGCAAUGUCUACCGAAUCAUCAGCAUCGGGGGGGCCAAGGCCAUCAUCAACAGCACUGUCACCCCCAACAUGACUUUUACCAAAACCUCCCAGAAGUUCGGGCAGUGGGCAGACAGUCGCGCCAACACUGUUUAUGGCCUUGGCUUUGCUUCUGAGCAGCAUCUGACCCAGUUUGCUGAGAAGUUCCAGGAAGUAAAGGAAGCAGCGAGGCUGGCGAGGGAGAAAUCUCAGGAUGGGGGGGAGCUCACAAGUCCAGCCCUGGGGCUCACUGCCCACCAGGUGCCCCCAACUCCCCUUGUCAGCGCCAACGGCCCCGGAGACGAGAAACUGUUCCGUAGCCAGAGCGCGGAUGUCCCCGGCCCCGCCGAGCGCGAGCGGCUCAAGAAGAUGCUGUCGGAGGGCUCGGUGGGCGAGGUGCAGUGGGAGGCCGAGUUCUUCGCGCUGCAGGACAGCAACAACAAGUUGGCGAGCGCCCUGCGAGAAGCCAACGCCGCCGCCGCCCAGUGGAGGCAGCAGCUGGAGGCCCAGCGCGCAGAGGCCGAGAGGCUGCGGCAGCGGGUGGCUGAGCUGGAGGCCCAGGCAGCCGCAGAACCACCCUCGGUCAGUGAGAAGGAAGGGCCGGGCCAGUCUCUGGAGCAGCUGGAGGCAUUAGUGCAAACCAAGGACCAGGAGAUCCAGACGCUGAAGAGCCAGACUGGUGGACCCCGUGAGGCCGUGGACGUCAGCGAACGCGAGGAGACCCAGCAGAAGGUGCAGGACCUGGAGACCCGCAACACUGAACUGGAGCACCAGCUGCGGGCGAUGGAGCGCAGCCUGGAGGAGGCGAGGGCCGAGCGGGAACGGGCGCGGGCUGAGGUGGGCCGGGCCGCACAGCUGCUGGACGUCAGGCUGUUUGAGCUGAGCGAGCUUCGAGAGGGCCUCGCCCGCCUGGCAGAGGGCAUGCCCUGAGCCUGGCUGCAGGGUCUGCGUGGGAGCCGGGGCCCGCGGGAGCUGGUUUUAGACACGAUUCCCGCCCGGGCCACGAGUCGGGCCGCGGGCGGCACAGUGGGCUGUUCACCCUGGCAGGGACUGGGGGCCCAACUCGGCCUGGGGAGGGUCUGGCCACAGUGCCCCGGCUGGCCCUGGCCACUCACGGCUCAGGGGCUGUUUCCAGGCUUUUCAUUGUGUAGAAUUUCUAGAAUCCCCAGGGCGCGCGUUGGCGCCCAGAUUACAUUUCUAAGAGUG